GAAGUUGCCCGUGGAUGUCAUGUACCAACACUGUGAUGGGUGCACGCAUAGCCAUAAAAGUGCAGACCCCGACACACGAAAGCCCGGACGAGAGAACCGAGGAAAGUUGUCCGGGUCGCACAACUUACCCAGACCUCACGAAGAGAUGAGAUCCCACCGGAGGAACGCGCGCCACCAAAACUGCACGGUUUAUUUCGUUGAUUGAGAAAAAGUUUCAUGAAGAUAUACAAUGUUUAUGAAUGGGAGUUCUCUGAACAGCUCUGCACUGGACCCUAGCGAGCAAGCACUUCAGCGGCCGCCCUGGGUCACUACUACUCUCGGGUGUUUCCUCAUAUUCACUAUAGUGGUGGAUAUUUUGGGAAACCUGCUGGUGAUUUUCUCCGUCUACAGAAACAAGAAACUUCGGAACGCAGGUAACAUUUUUGUGGUGAGUUUGGCAGUGGCGGACCUGGUGGUGGCCAUUUACCCAUAUCCGCUGGUCUUGACCUCCAUAUUUCACCGGGGCUGGAACCUGGGCUACAUGCACUGCCAGAUCAGUGGCUUUCUAAUGGGCGUCAGUGUAAUCGGCUCCAUUUUCAACAUCACCGGCAUCGCAAUUAAUCGCUACUGCUAUAUAUGCCACAGCCUCAAGUAUGACAAGCUGUACAGUGACAAAAACUCAGUCUGCUACGUACUGUUAAUUUGGGCUUUGACGGUGCUCGCUAUCGUGCCCAACUUGUUUGUGGGCUCCUUGCAGUAUGACCCACGGGUUUAUUCCUGUACAUUCGAGCAGUCGGCGAGCUCGGCGUACACCAUCGCCGUGGUCUUCUUCCACUUUAUCCUUCCCAUCAUGAUCGUUACCUACUGCUACCUGCGGAUCUGGGUUUUGGUCAUACAGGUGCGAAGGCGAGUCAAGCCUGACAAUCGUCCCAAGAUCACACCUCAUGAUGUGCGAAACUUUGUCACAAUGUUUGUGGUUUUUGUGCUUUUUGCCGUGUGCUGGGCACCAUUAAACUUCAUCGGUUUGGCGGUAGCGAUUUCUCCAGAGCGGGUUGUUCCUUUAAUACCCGAAUGGCUCUUUGUGGCAAGUUAUUUCAUGGCGUACUUCAACAGCUGCCUCAAUGCAAUCGUCUAUGGAGUGUUGAACCAGAACUUCCGUCGAGAGUACAAACGCAUUGUGGUUUCCGUAUGUACUGCAAGAAUCUUCUUUGGGGAAAGUUCAAAUGAAGCGCAGGAAAGACUGAAAAGCAAACCUUCCCCACUCAUGACCAACAACAAUCAGGUGAAGGUGGACUCGGUUUGAGGUGUACAUGUGAGGUGAACUCAAAUAAGCAAAUUUUAUUUAGGAAACAAAAAACUGAUAACCAAAUAUGGAAGCCGUGUUUAGCCCUGAAACUGUGAUUUGUUGCCUCAACACAAUCGAAGCAAACAGGAAGUUAUUAUCAUUGUCUUUUAUAAAGCACUUUUUGUAAAUUGUUGGUCAGAAGUACUUGUAUGUAUGAAUACCUUGUUUUAAUGUUUACAGUAACUAUAUUGAGAAAUCUAUGUAAGACAUACUUUAUGUAAUGGUUUUAUAUGAAUUGUCUUUGUCUGAAGAGAACAAAAAACAAAUAUGAAGGAAUGAAUGGUUCUUAGAGUGCAGCUGUCAAGCUUCCAGAAGUAAAAACUCUGUUCAUUUUCUCCACCGGGAUUUAAACAAAAUUAUAUAAACCUCUUGCUGAGGUUGUUAAUCAAUGCUAAAUUAUUUAGUUAUAGCCAUCUGAUGCUUUUUUUUUUUAAAGUAAGCACUUCAUUUAAAUCAUUAAAUUAUUAUUUUUAACUGCA